AUGCCUCUCCUCGAAAGGAUCAGAUUUACUCUCAAAUUUCUCCGCAUUGCCAUCCCAAUCGUCUUCACCGUAAUCCAACAACGCAUCCUCGCCCUCCACCACAAAUGGACAUACCACUCCGUCCCAGCUCCAAAAGACAUUGUAGUCCUCGGCGGCUCGUUUACCGGUAUCCAACUCGUGCGGCGACUUCAAGAAAGUGUCCCCUCGGGAUAUCGCGUAACACUAAUUGAAAGAAAUUCUCAUUUUCAUUAUCUAUUCAAUUUUCCGCGCUACUCUGUUAUGACGGGCGGGAGGGAGAAAUAUGCUUUUAUCCCCUUUGAUGGUAUCGCUGCUACAGCCCCCAGGGGAGCUUUUCGGCAUAUCCAGGACACUGCUACCAGUAUCAAAGAUGGGAGGGUAUAUCUAGAGUCUGGGAGAGUGGUUGAAUAUGCCUAUCUCGUAAUCGCGACGGGGUCGAGAGGGUCUGUGCCUGCGAAAUUGACUUCUACAGAGAUCAAUGAGGCGUGCAAAGAAAUGCAGAGUGUUCAGGAGGAUAUACAGGCGGCCCAACGAAUCGCGGUGGUGGGCGGAGGCGCAGUGGGCGUCGAAUUGGCUGCUGAUAUCAAGAGUUUUUAUCCGGAAAAGGAUGUUACAAUUGUGCAUUCUAGAGAGCGGCUGUUGUCAAGGUUUAGACCGAGGCUGCAUGAUUAUGUGUAUGAGAAAUUGCAGGAUAUGGGUAUCAAUAUCAUUCUGAAUGAGAGGCCACAGAUCAAAAAGGGGAAGAAUGCGCUCUUGUUCUCGAAUGGGGAAAUAAGGGACUACGAUCUCAUCUUACCCUGCGCUGGUCAAACCCCUAAUUCCGACAUAAUCAAAGACCUCGCCCCAGAGGCCAUAUGCCCAAAGACAAAUCAUGUCCUCGUCAAACCGACAUUGCAAAUCGACACGAGUCGGUCUUCGAACGUAUUCGCUAUGGGCGAUGUAGCCGAGACCGGGGGCUCCAGAAUGGCGAGUGCUGGCUUCUUUCAAACGGAGACUAUUCUGCAAAAUAUAUAUACCAUGAUCCGUGGAAAGACUCCGUCAAGCGUAUAUAAGCCCUGUCUCGUUAUUGAGGGGAGACUGAAGUUGAGUUUGGGGAAGGAUGAGGGAGUGCUGUAUAUUGAAGAUGACGACGGCACUGAUAUGUUGUCUCCUACCAAAUUGAAAUUAUUGGAUCUGGGUAUUGAAGAAGCGUGGACGGUUUUGUAUCUGAAGUUCCCGGGAAAGUUGAUUUGA